AUGUCCGUUUACGUUAUCACUGGAGUGUCCAAGGGAAUCGGGUUCGAGUUCCUUAGGCAGAUCUGGGAAGACCAGAAGAACCUGGUUGUCGGUCUGGUCCGCGACAAAGCUGCGACCGAGAAGAAGAUAGCGGCAGAGCUGGGCGACCGUCCCAAUAUCCACAUCCUCCAUGCAGACCUCACCAAGUACGCCAGCCUGAAGCAAGCCGCUGCCGACACGGCCGAGACCAUCGGCGAGCGUGGCAUCGACUAUCUGGUGGCCAACGGAGCUUUGGUGCCCUACCUCGACACCUAUGGACCCAUCGGCGCAUUGUAG